AUCAAUCAAAUAUGUCAGUGUUUGCAAAGCGGUCGAUCGCUGAAGUAAUGAGAGAAAUCAUGUGAAAUAAAAUCGUCUUCGAUAAUUUUACAUUGUAUAGUUACCUCUUAAGUGAAUUUUAAUAAAUCCAAUGUAAAAAAGGGCAAUAUUUAUUAACGGAGUUGGAAUUUACAAGCAAGAUGGCCAAGGAGAUGAUGAUAGUGUUUGUGUAUGACACACAAUGCUGCAUCACGGAGGAGGAUGAUCCCAUUAACGCUGUUCUGUACUUCCACCCCGGUUGGGUGUCCGACACGCAGCGGCAUGCCUUAGCCGGACAGGUGGUCGGCGCCGCGCACUGCGUCAAGUCGCUGUUCUCACAGCCCACCGCCAUCACUCUUCAGAGCGGCAAGUUCAUCAUCAGGGAGUACGGCAGAUAUAUUCUGGCCAUAGGCAGCGACCGCAACAUCCCGGACUGGGUGCUCAAAAACCGCGCGUCCCUCCUCACGUCCAUGAUCAAAGUGUACCACGGGGACCUGCAAGCGUUAGCUGUGCAGCUGGACGACCAGAAGCGGCUGUCGGAGAAGCUGUAUCAGAUCUUUGAGACUUACUUGCCUGUUCUACAGUAUGGAUGCCAUAUUUUUCAGCGGGUUCCAAUGCUUAGUCUACCAAAGAGCGCCACGGCAGUAUACCUGGAGUCCAUGCAGAUCCUAGAACAGUGCCGUCGCAACCGCGGCGUACUGGGCGGCGUCGUGCUUUACAAUAACAAAAUCGUGGCAACCCUGCUACCUCCCAGCUUGACGUCCUACCUAACCGUCGUGGACCCCUACCGGAUAAAGUCUCCUGCCGAGACCCUGGAAACAGAAACACCACUGCCGCUGGGUGCUCAGCUGCUUGUGGUGUACGUGGCUAAGAAGAUGUAUAACAGCCUUAAGAAACAGGCGGAGAAGAUGCAGGAGUUCAGCCACAAUGGGGAGGAGAUGAUUGCGAGGUUUAAGAAGAAUCAAGAAGCCGAACGGGAUAAGCGCGACUUCCCCACCGGGAUGAAGCGAGACAAAUCCCUCCUGUUCACCGCCGUGCCAGAAGAGGACCACACGAUGAUCUCCCCUCCCACCCGCGACCCGCACGACCCCCCGCCCCCCGCCAUGCCCGACGUCGUCCCCUUCACCAACAAACCCAGACCAAGACCUACCAAACUGUCUCUCAGCUUCAAAACACAAAUAUCUGUCGACGAAGAAUCAAAGGAAAACGAAAAAGUCUUCACAGGACAAACUAGUGUCUGCUCCACACCUAUGCUAGAAUAUAAAAGACUCCACGGAAACAUGCUCUCCAUCUGCCAAAACCCCGACCCGCAGAAAGAAAAACUAGAAUCUGAACCCGACGUCCUAAAGAACAUAGAAAAUUGUGCCAAAGUCAUUGAAAACGAAAAACGAGACAACCAAAUAGUCUUAGACAUCAAUUGCAUCGCUGAUCACUAUAUAAACAAACCUGAGCCCAUUCGUAAGAUGGCGAGCGUUAUAGACAUACAAGAAACCUUUAAAAACGUCACUAACAGAGCCACAGCGAAGUUUAAAUUAAAAAGAUCACAUGUCCCUUUAAGUGACGAUAUGUCGCCUGACCAAAUGCAAAAAAGCGUGAGUACUGUGACAAUUAACGAUCCCUCCUUUCCCGUAUUCAGAAAUGACGGGAUCGAAAUAUCAGAGUCCCUGUUCAACCAAUACUUGGAACAGCAUUACGCUAGCAUGAAACAGGAUUUGUCCAAAGAAGACAACAUGUUCACUUUUAACAUGAAGUUAUGUGAGCAAGAAAAAUUCGAGGGCUUCGAUUCAGAGUUGACGAAGUCGCCUCAACGGACACCAAAGAAAAUCCCUAAAGAUUCUAAAACCGUUGAUCAGUCCAGGCGAAAAUCGCUGUCAUUACCUUUAAAGUCGUUAUCAGAAAGCUCAGAUUCGCAGAUCGGGUCGGAUUCGUCGGCCAGCUUUAAGAAGAAGCUAAGUGGGGUGCAACUGACGCCGUUGAUGGAGAAGCUCAGUCAUCUGGCGUUCUCUGAUAAAUCGAGCGGGUACAGCAGUAGAGUAAUGACUCCGCUCGAGCUAAGAGAGUUUACUCCGGCGGCGGAACGACAAAUAACCUUCAACGACAGACCAAAAACCCAGCGCCAAGACUCAGAAUCGGACUAUGACUCCGACUCGGACUUGGAACUCCUGCCUUCCUACACGCAACAUGCCGUGAAAUGCGGGUUGUUCGUGAGCGGCCUCCACAACAUGGCGCUACUGGCGCUCGUGGACGUCAGCGCGGCCGGCGACAGCGACGUCAUCAACUCCUUGUGGGAAACUUCCCUAAACGCACUGGGCCCCAUCGAGCAAAAAUGCAUGGAGCCCCUCGGCGUAGGCGCGGACGACGCGAGCGACUACAGCUAUCUCAUUCUAGACCCCGAUUGGGGUACAGUGCGAAAGGGAGGGCCUUGGGCUGCGCUCGAUAUAGCUACCAUGGGGCUCAUACACCACGAGCUGGCCGGCGAUCCUGAUAUGUCAGAGAUGAUUCUAAGGAGCGACGAGAGCUGCGUUCUGGGCGUGUCGAUGGGCGGCGCGCAGAUCUACUACCAGGAGAGCGCGGCGCGCGGCGCCGGCCCGCCGCCGCCCUCCGACCCGCUGGCCGCCGCCCCGCUGCGCGCGCGCCGCCGCCUGCACCGCGACCACGCCGCCACCAUCAUCUAGGCCCUCCCCGCCCUCCGACCCGCUGGCCGCCGCCCCGCUGCGCGCGCGCCGCCGCCUGCACCGCGACCACGCCGCCACCAUCAUCUAGGCCCUCCCCGCCCUCCGACCCGCUGGCCGCCGCCCCGCUGCGCGCGCGCCGCCGCCUGCACCGCGACCACGCCGCCACCAUCAUCUAGGCCCUCCCCGCCCUCCGACCCGCUGGCCGCCGCCCCGCUGCGCGCGCGCCGCCGCCUGCACCGCGACCACGCCGCCACCAUCAUCUAGGCCCUCCCCGCCCUCCGACCCGCUGGCCGCCGCCCCGCUGCGCGCGCGCCGCCGCCUGCACCGCGACCACGCCGCCACCAUCAUCUAGGCCCUCCCCGCCCUCCGACCCGCUGGCCGCCGCCCCGCUGCGCGCGCGCCGCCGCCUGCACCGCGACCACGCCGCCACCAUCAUCUAGGCCCUCCCCGCCCUCCGACCCGCUGGCCGCCGCCCCGCUGCGCGCGCGCCGCCGCCUGCACCGCGACCACGCCGCCACCAUCAUCUAGGCCCUCCCCGCCCUCCGACCCGCUGGCCGCCGCCCCGCUGCGCGCGCGCCGCCGCCUGCACCGCGACCACGCCGCCACCAUCAUCUAGGCCCUCCCCGCCCUCCGACCCGCUGGCCGCCGCCCCGCUGCGCGCGCGCCGCCGCCUGCACCGCGACCACGCCGCCACCAUCAUCUAGGCCCUCCCCGCCCUCCGACCCGCUGGCCGCCGCCCCGCUGCGCGCGCGCCGCCGCCUGCACCGCGACCACGCCGCCACCAUCAUCUAGGCCCUCCCCGCCCUCCGACCCGCUGGCCGCCGCCCCGCUGCGCGCGCGCCGCCGCCUGCACCGCGACCACGCCGCCACCAUCAUCUAGGCCCUCCCCGCCCUCCGACCCGCUGGCCGCCGCCCCGCUGCGCGCGCGCCGCCGCCUGCACCGCGACCACGCCGCCACCAUCAUCUAGGCCCUCCCCGCCCUCCGACCCGCUGGCCGCCGCCCCGCUGCGCGCGCGCCGCCGCCUGCACCGCGACCACGCCGCCACCAUCAUCUAGGCCCUCCCCGCCCUCCGACCCGCUGGCCGCCGCCCCGCUGCGCGCGCGCCGCCGCCUGCACCGCGACCACGCCGCCACCAUCAUCUAGGCCCUCCCCGCCCUCCGACCCGCUGGCCGCCGCCCCGCUGCGCGCGCGCCGCCGCCUGCACCGCGACCACGCCGCCACCAUCAUCUAGGCCCUCCCCGCCCUCCGACCCGCUGGCCGCCGCCCCGCUGCGCGCGCGCCGCCGCCUGCACCGCGACCACGCCGCCACCAUCAUCUAGGCCCUCCCCGCCCUCCGACCCGCUGGCCGCCGCCCCGCUGCGCGCGCGCCGCCGCCUGCACCGCGACCACGCCGCCACCAUCAUCUAGGCCCUCCCCGCCCUCCGACCCGCUGGCCGCCGCCCCGCUGCGCGCGCGCCGCCGCCUGCACCGCGACCACGCCGCCACCAUCAUCUAGGCCCUCCCCGCCCUCCGACCCGCUGGCCGCCGCCCCGCUGCGCGCGCGCCGCCGCCUGCACCGCGACCACGCCGCCACCAUCAUCUAGGCCCUCCCCGCCCUCCGACCCGCUGGCCGCCGCCCCGCUGCGCGCGCGCCGCCGCCUGCACCGCGACCACGCCGCCACCAUCAUCUAGGCCCUCCCCGCCCUCCGACCCGCUGGCCGCCGCCCCGCUGCGCGCGCGCCGCCGCCUGCACCGCGACCACGCCGCCACCAUCAUCUAGGCCCUCCCCGCCCUCCGACCCGCUGGCCGCCGCCCCGCUGCGCGCGCGCCGCCGCCUGCACCGCGACCACGCCGCCACCAUCAUCUAGGCCCUCCCCGCCCUCCGACCUUUGGUGGGACUUUUACCGAAGAUUCCUUGAUAGUAUAAGACGAGUGAAAUCUACGACGGCGAAGGAUUCGUGCUUCGAAUUCGACGGAAGGUAAAUCGAGUGGCGCUUUACGGCUUUGAUCAUUAUGCGAUUUUUCUGACUGUUAAAAGUCGACUAUUUCAAAUUAGGGAGCAUUUUUUUCAGACUUCCAAUCUUAUAAUAUCAAUGAAUGGUGCAAAAAUUCUCGCGGUAGUCUGACUUUCAUGAUAACUAUAAUAAGAACCAUUCCUCAAGUUAUAGUAGUGUUUAAACCAACCAAGUGUUAGAAAAAUAAAGCGAUCACUAAAUACAAGAAUAUGCUUGUGUGAAAUAAUGGCAUGGAACUUGAAAUAUCAUGGAGCACCCAUGCUCAGUAUACCUAAAUAAAUAAAGUAGGUAUCCUUAACUCAUACCUGACCGCACUGACCGGCUAGCAUGAGAUGUGUUCGCCCGCGAGUCCAUACUUGAGAAGUUGCUCGCGAUAACACAACUCAUGCUAGCAGGUCUGGUAGUGACUAAUGAGUACAUAUUAGAACGCGUUUCGUUAUUCUAGUGUAAGCCUGUGACGCAGUCAAUCUCUGAUACCGUCUAGAAGUAAUAGUUAGAUGUCUAGUUGGAUCUUAUUCCUUAUUUUAUACUCUUAUGUAGAAUUCACUAUUUAUACAAGAUAUCCCAAAAUCAAAAAAUAAAUUGAUUUUGCGACAUCAUGUAGGUGCUUAGCACUCGUCCAGUCACGCCAAAAUACUUUAUUUUUUACCUGAAAAGGGUCCUAACCUUGCCAUAAAAUUUUAAUUAUACAAAAAUGUAUUUGCUAGUUUAUUUAUGAACUAUUGUAUUCCAGGCUUUAAAGUCGAUAUUAGAUAUAAGUAUGUUUUAUUGUUAUUAGGAACUGAAUGUCUUCAACUUUCGGUGCCAUGCUUCCCAAUUCCCGUACUAAAUCUUUCCCGUACUUUUGGUCAACUCUUAGGAUUGCUGUGGGUUAUGGGAAAUAUAAGUUUUCCUGUAUUAUAGUGGGGUGGUUAUAGGCUUAAGAUUAUACUGAAAAAUUUUCCCUUGAUCCUGUUUUUCGACUAAAGUACUUACAUUGCGCUUUGCAACUGUUUUAUCUGACUUUGCAGAAUUUAUAACCAGUACAAGAUUUGUAUACAGGUGUCUACAUAUCAUUUUCAUCUAUUCGUGGGUUUUCGUCUAUAUAUAUUAAGUAUAUACCGACCGUAUACAUCAUGAUCAAAAAGUGGGAGAAGUGAAAAGUAUAAUUAAUCUGUACUUUAAAUAAAGACAGCUGCUUCCAUUGUUUGUAGACUGGAUAUUUCAGGGACCUUUCAAAUAAUAGUUAAAUAUACCACCAUGACUUUGAAAUAAAACAUCGAAAUUUUAUAAUGCAAUAAGUCCCAAUAGGUUAGUUGCCACUGAACCACCAGACGGACUUGGUUGACAAAAUAUUACUACACAUGACGAUUUAGUAAGUUUACCUUCAGGCUUUAAUUUACUAUUACUGUUAGAUUUUUAUGUAGUAAAAACAAAUUUUCAUACUAAACUACACUACCUCUGCUUGCUUCAUUUUGUUUCAAGAAAUGUCAGUAGUCACGAAUUGUAUUCUUCUGUAGCUCAUUUUAUUCUUGCCAUUAGAUAUAAGUUUCUGGCCAAGUAGGAUAAUGGUAUCUAUGCGCGCUCAAUCUUGCCAUCCAAUCAGAGUAUUAUAAGCAAAGUUUUAAUGUAUACUUUGUAUUUCAUGUUUUUGUUAUUCAGUAUUAUUUGACAUUCCAAGUUAUAAUGUUAUUAUUUUUACAUAUUUCAUGUUGCGACAAGAUAUCCUCAUAAUUAAUUACGACGGAUUAUGUUAUUUUACUUUUUUGAAAACAUUGUUACUUUGCCAGACAACACAGUUUUCAAAUUGGUGCCGUGACCACGAUUCUUGAAAUCUAUUGUGUCUUACGGCAUACAUCGAAAGGGUAAAAGGACCAUCUCACACUCAUCAAUUGUUUUCCGAUAGUCAUGGAAGGCGUACGCCGUUCAAGGCAACCCGGAAACUUCAAUUAUGUCUCCGGUAAUAGACGGUUAAGGUUCAAGUCUGGCGGCAACAUGAAAUGAAUAAUUAUUUUACCUAGUUUUAAGGAAUGUACAAAAUGUUACGCGUCCAAGGCUAAAGUUAUUUUGCAUAGUAACUAUAAUCUGUCAAACAACUUUGUCAGUGGAAAAAGGCGCAAAAUUCAAAUUACUACUACGCACCUAUUUUUUUCAUAAUUUGUCGGUUUUUUCUACUGGCGGAAAUGGCUUGACAGACUAUCUCUCGUGUGUUAGUGCUAUUUAACAUUUUCAACAGCCAAUAUGAGUGCUUAUUUAUACAAACCAUACAUUUUAGUGCAAUUGACGAUAUUCUAAUCAACGAAUUACAUGGGUGUAUGGAUCGAUCUAAAUCCAUUUAAUACUCCCAUAUAUCUUAUUAGCUUUCAAACAUUAGUCCUACAUAAAAUAAAUACCUUGACUCGAUUGGACUGUUAUUUUUAUUGUUUUUAAAAUGAUUUUUAUAUUUUUACAUGAUUUGGAAGGACAUUUGAAAAGUUGCCAUUGUAAGGAGUGCCAAUGUGACACAUGUAAUAUUUAUUUAUAAUAGAUAUUGUUAAGGAUUUUAAUAAAAACCCAAUAGAUAA